AUGAUAUAUUAUUAUAUUAUAGAUAAGUAUUUAAUAAAUUUGAAAUAUUAUUUGAAUAAAUAUAAAAAGUUAUUAAAGUAUAAUAAAGUAAAUUAUAAAAAAAUGUAUAUUAUUUAUAUGAAAUAUAAAAAAUAUAUAUUAAUUAUAAAAAAAUUAAAAUAUUUAAAUAUUAUUUAA